CGAACUGAACCUGAGCGGGGGGGAAAUUGGCGCAGCUGAGGUUUCUAGUCCCUCCUGGCUUUCCGUUCUCCAGGCCCGGCUGACGGAGGUCGCCGAGGCCGCCAUAUUGAAUAAGCCUCCGGGCGUCUAAGGGGGUCGGUGCGGUGCAGACAGUUCUGCCGAGUGCCCUCGGCGGCUCCAGACAGAAGCAAUAUGUUAAGGAUACCUGUGAGAAGGGCCUUAAUAGGCCUUUCUAAGUCUCCUAAAGAAUAUGUUCGAACGACAGCCACAGCAGCAAGCAACUUAAUUGAAGUAUUUGUUGACGGCCAGUCUGUCAUGGUGGAACCGGGAACUACCGUCCUCCAAGCUUGUGAGAAGGUUGGCAUGCAGAUCCCUCGAUUCUGUUACCAUGAAAGGCUGUCAAUUGCUGGAAACUGCAGGAUGUGCCUUGUUGAAAUUGAGAAAGCUCCUAAGGUUGUAGCUGCUUGUGCCAUGCCAGUAAUGAAAGGUUGGAAUAUCUUGACAAACUCAGAGAAAUCUAAGAAAGCCAGGGAAGGUGUGAUGGAGUUCUUAUUAGCAAAUCACCCAUUGGACUGCCCUAUUUGUGAUCAGGGAGGCGAAUGUGAUCUGCAGGACCAGUCCAUGAUGUUUGGAAGUGAUAGGAGCCGGUUUUUAGAGGGGAAACGUGCUGUGGAGGACAAGAAUAUUGGGCCGUUGGUAAAGACCAUUAUGACUAGAUGUAUACAGUGUACUCGCUGCAUCAGGUUUGCAAGUGAGAUUGCAGGAGUAGAUGAUUUGGGAACAACAGGCAGAGGAAAUGAUAUGCAAGUUGGCACAUACAUUGAAAAGAUGUUUAUGUCUGAACUGUCUGGGAAUAUCAUUGAUAUCUGUCCUGUAGGUGCCCUGACCUCUAAGCCCUAUGCCUUCACUGCCCGGCCUUGGGAAACAAGAAAGACAGAAUCCAUUGAUGUAAUGGAUGCAGUUGGAAGUAAUAUUGUGGUAAGCACAAGAACUGGAGAGGUGAUGAGGAUUUUGCCAAGAAUGCAUGAGGACAUUAACGAAGAGUGGAUCUCUGAUAAAACCAGAUUUGCCUAUGAUGGGCUAAAACGUCAAAGACUUACCGAGCCGAUGGUCAGAAAUGAAAAAGGGCUUUUAACCUAUACCUCCUGGGAGGAUGCACUCUCUCGUGUAGCUGGAAUGUUGCAGAGUUUUCAAGGCAAAGAUGUGGCAGCAAUUGCAGGUGGCUUGGUGGAUGCUGAAGCCCUAGUAGCUCUCAAAGAUUUGCUUAAUAGAGUGGACUCUGACACCCUAUGCACUGAAGAGGUCUUCCCCACUGCAGGAGCUGGCACAGAUUUGCGAUCCAAUUAUCUUCUUAAUACUACAAUUGCUGGUGUGGAAGAGGCAGAUGUUGUCCUUCUGGUUGGUACAAAUCCACGUUUUGAGGCACCACUAUUCAAUGCUAGAAUUCGAAAGAGCUGGCUUCAUAAUGACUUAAAAGUGGCCCUUAUAGGCAGCCAGGUGGAUCUCACUUACAGAUAUGACCAUCUGGGAGAUUCACCCAAAAUUCUUCAAGACAUUGCUUCAGGUACCCAUCCAUUCAGCCAGGUCUUAAAGGAAGCUAAAAAACCUAUGGUGGUUUUAGGUAGUUCUGCGCUCCAAAGAAAUGAUGGGGCAGCGAUUCUUGCAGCUGUUUCCAGCAUUGCUCAAAAGAUUCGGAUGAGCAGUGGUGUUGCUGGUGAUUGGAAAGUUAUGAAUAUCCUACAUAGGAUUGCAAGCCAAGUAGCUGCUUUAGACCUUGGGUAUAAGCCUGGGGUGGAAGCAAUUCGAAAGAACCCUCCCAAAGUGUUAUUUCUCCUGGGAGCAGAUGGAGGUUGUAUCACUCGACAGGAUUUGCCAAAGGAUUGUUUCAUUAUUUAUCAAGGACAUCACGGUGAUGUUGGAGCUCCUAUAGCUGAUGUUAUUCUCCCAGGCGCAGCUUACACAGAGAAGUCUGCUACUUAUGUCAAUACUGAGGGCCGAGCUCAGCAGACUAAAGUAGCAGUGACCCCUCCUGGCUUGGCGAGAGAAGACUGGAAAAUUUUAAGAGCCCUCUCGGAGAUAGCAGGCAUAACUCUUCCAUAUGAUACUCUGGAUCAAGUAAGGAACAGAUUGGAAGAAGUCUCUCCUAAUCUUGUUCGAUAUGAUGAUGUUGAAGGAGCUAAUUAUUUCCAGCAAGCAAGUGAGCUCUCCAAGCUAGUGAACCAGCAACUACUUGCUGAUCCUCUUGUUCCACCUCAGCUAACAAUAAAAGACUUCUAUAUGACAGAUUCAAUUAGCAGAGCCUCACAGACAAUGGCCAAAUGUGUUAAAGCUGUCACAGAGGGUGCCCAGGCAGUAGAGGAACCAUCCAUAUGCUGAAACAUCUACCAGUUUUGCUACAGAUACUUAAUGGACAACUGUGUUGGAGUGAUCUCUUAGAGGUUUCUCUCUUUAAAAAAAAUAAUCUGAAUGAUGUAAUAUUUAAGGUUCUAUCAUGCUUAUUUGAAAACAAUAUUGCAAUCAUCAAAGAACUUGGAGCUUCCAAGAAUGUUUAUGUAUUGUGUGUAAACAUUAAAUAGUUUAAUAAACAUGUACACUGAUGCUUUUUCAUGUAAAAGCAUUAAUAGUCUUUGUGAUGAAUACAAAGAAAAUCCUUAAAAUAUGAAUUUUUGUUUAUCUUUAUAGGUCAUUUAUGUUUGUAAAUGGGUUAAAGAAGCAAAGCUUCCAUUAGGACCCUUUUUUUAAUUUGUUUUGUUUUUUUGUUAAUCCUCACCUGUUUUUUCCAUUUAUUUUUAGAGAGAGUGGAAGAGAAGGAGGGAGGGAGGGAGAAAUAUUGAUGUAAGACAGACACAUCAAUUGGUUGCCUUUGCACGAGCCCCAACUGGAGCCAGAAUCGAACUUGUAACCCAGGUUUGUGCCCUUGACCGAGAAUCAAACUCGUAACCCUUCAGUGUGCAGGCUGAACUCUAACCACUGAGCACACUGGCGAGGGCAGGGCCCCCUUUUUUGUUGUUAAAAUAAAGAUUUAAGCAUUCUGUCAGGGUGGGUACAUAGAAAAAAUACAUAAUCAUAUACUGUAUGUAUCCUGGAAAAUUAUAAUAACGAUAGCUAAUGGUUAUUCAACUUUUUCUGUGUGCUAAGUAACCACUAAGCUUAUAUGUAUUACCUUGUUUUGUCCUUGCUCUGACCCUAUGAGGUAGUAGUAUCUCAUUUUACAGGUGAAGAACCUGAAGCCCAGGUAUAUUAGGUAGCUUGCUCAAGGCCACAAUAAAAAAGUCAGACUCAAGCUGAGUUCUGUCUGACUCCAAAAUGUAUUGUUCUUAACUGCUACACAUAAUUCCCUGCCAUUGAUGCAUAGUCUAAGAAUUGGUAUUGAGGAGCUUAAUGGUUAACACAUUUUUCUGUAUUCUCUUGUACCUGUUUAUAUAAUGUCAUGGUGGUUAUGUGACAUUUUUCUUUGGAUAAUAGAUUACACGUACAUACACCCACCGGGAAUGAGGGAGGUCUGAAGAGAUCUAUAAUGUAGGUCUUCAUUGAUGUUUCAUAUUCAUUAUAUUAGUACCAUGUAUAAUAUUAAGUCAGAUAAAUUUCCAGUAACAGAAAAUAAACUAAUAGCUUUCAUAAUUUUUAAUUGUCAAAACAAAAAGGAAAAAUUUUACAGCUAAUCUUGGAGGUAAUCUAAAGCUAUAUUAAAUUUUUUCAAAAUUCA